AUGGGUUCCAAAGACGUUGACGAUUCCAAGAAGGCACAAUACGAACAAACUGCCAGCGUCCUCAGAGCUGUGUACACAGAUGCUGAGUUUGACACCGGCGAUGAGGACUUCCAGAUCCUCUCCACGAUACGAUUCGACCCACUUUUAAGCGACAACAUCGACUCUGUGAUUGCCUUUGACGAUAAAGAUGAGAACUCCAAGUUGUUCUUUCUGUUUGAGGAGCACCUGAGAAGGAUUAACCUCUCGCUGAUGUAUUUCAAGUUUGGAUAUGAGGUUUCCAGGGACGAGCUCUUGGAACAACUAAACACCGUUAUGAAGCCCUUGGACAAGUCCAAUGCCUACAAAUUGAGAUUGACUAUCGAUAAACAGGGCUCAAUGAACAUUGAUGUUACCCAAAUACCGGUUCGCUUAAACUUGUUUGACGGAUUCAACCCUCUGCAGAGCUACACGUCGCCAACGUGGAACGUGUUCCUCGACGUUGAGCCUAUAAUGAUUUCACCUUUCACCUCUUUCAAAACAACAAGACGUCAAAGGUAUAACGACGCAAGGGAGAGGGUGCUAAUCAAGGGCUUUGCAGAGCCACAGGAGGUGUUGCUGUAUAACAGUGCCAACCAGAUCACGGAAGGCUCAAUUACAAACGUUGCAUUCAAGAGAACUGACCCGGAAACCUUCACUGAGACAUGGUUUACUCCAGUGCUGGCAUCUGGAUGUCUAUGUGGAGUGGUGAGGCACAUGCUACUAUCCAAGGGCCUUAUCCAAGAGACACAGAUCAACCUCAAGGAUGUUAAAGUUGGUGACGAUAUCUUGCUAUUCAACGGGAUCAUUGGAGUAGUCAAGGGUAAAAUCGUCGAUAGAUCAUUGUCGCUGGCCUUCUAA